AUGAAAAUUUUAGUAAAUUUUGUGGCUUUUUCCUGUUUAUUUGUGACACUUGCGAGUGCUGCAUGUACCAAAACGCUCAAAUGUGUGGAUUGUAACAAAUUUGAAAUUUGCGUAGGAAAUAGCACCACGACAUCAAGUUGUCCCUCAUCACAACGAUAUUGCACAACUGGCGUGGCAGACGAUUUUUGUUCCAGCACUUUAGAAUCCGGAAACACGGCAUGCAAUUCAGUUACCAAAAAUUUUCAAUGUACUCGUCCCGGAUAUUUUCCAAGUCCCUACAAUUGUUCGGAAUAUUUUGAGUGUUUCUAUUACCCGGUCGAGGAAAGUAAUAUUGAGUUGAUAUUUUUCAAGAAGACGUGCAACGAGAAAUAUUAUUACAAUUCAAAGCAGAAAAUGUGUGUCAAGCAAACAUCUGCGGCACAAUGUACAAGUGUCAGUUGCACCACCAGCAAUUUAGGAUUUUUCCCUUACAAAGCAGACACGCAAUAUUAUCACUUUUGUGCGGAAGACAUUGCCUCGAAUGACGUUUUGAUGUUCCGAUGUGACGACGGAGAGACAUUUACUGCGGAAAGUGGAUGUCGCUUUCAUUGUCCGGCCAUUGGACGGUAUGCGCACGAAGAUGUGACAAAGUAUUACGAAUGCACGGCAGCUGGCGUCAAUAAUUACACAAUUGGAAAAUGCUGGUCUGGUGUUUUCGAUAAAGUUACGAAGAAAUGUAAUUUUGUGUAUUGA